AUGAGCCACGAACACUUUCAAGAGCGCCUUGACCUUGUCAAGGCUAUCAUUGUCGGUUUUGAUCUGGAGCCAACGGACAUUCUGCCUGUCGACUAUGACGAGAAUUCCCCAUUCCAGUACAACAACUUUAUUUACAAAAUCACACUUGCAAACUCGGCUACGGCGAGAAACUUCGCCAAUGGUGGACCAUACACCAUCCCUCCGCCAGCGGGAGGCGUCUCGACUUUUAUUAUGCGCUUAUCCAACCCCAAGGCGGAGGGUAUCGUGCAAGACAACCGCAUCGAGAAUGAAGUCGCAGCAAUCCAUCUCGCCCGUCAGGGCCUUCUAGCUUUCAGACCAGAGGUUGCAUUUCUCAUCCCAGCCGUCUAUGCUUGGCGGUCACAUAAGAGCGCAAAAGGUGGUUUCGGCUGGACAUUGAUGGAGUUCAAGGAGGGCAUCCCACUUGACAGAAAGUUCCGGGACUUGCCUGACGAAGACAAGAAAAAUAUACUCGAGCAGAUUGCGGAUGUAUUCUCAGGGAUUCAGCGGGCUCCCCUGCCCGAUAGCAUCCAGUCUCACGGAGGGUUGACUAUCGAUGAUGCUGGAAAGAUAGUAGGCGGAGAGAUGACAACGCUCAAAGGAGGUCCCUGGGCUUCAUAUCUCGACUUCUGGAAAUCGAAGUUGGCUUACCAGCUAGAGGAUUCUGGAGAAAGCCCUGUACUAGAGGGUUGGAAGCCCAAUGGUGUAGAGGAACGCAUCAGCCGUUUCAUCUCUUCCGGGCUCGAUCAAUACUUUGCCAGUACCGGCCUAGACACAGCCAAGCGUGUACUUAUACACGGGGACUUAACCACGAACAAUAUUCAAUACCAACCUGAAACGAACAAGUUGACGGGAAUUCUCGAUUUCGACUUUGCCUACGUCUCUCACCCGUGCCAUGAGUUCUUUGCCUCACUUGGGGACAUUGGAGGAAACACUGGCGGCGGUACCGGAAGAGACCCGGACCUCAGCGGAGGUCGCUUGGGGAAGGCUAUGAUUACUGGCAACUUUGACAUUCCUGACUUGCCGGAGGAGGCAACUGGACAACUUAGGACAGCCAAGGCGUGGGAUGACGCUUUAGCUGCCAGGGGCACCAUGAGACCAAGCGAUAUUCCCCAAAUGCCUGCGCUUGAUCAACUCAGAAAGCUUGAGGGGCUACUAUGCCCUUUUGCUUUGUUGCACCCAAUGGUGUUGAGGGGGCAAACGCCAGAGCAGAUCACAGAAAUGCGGAAGGCUGCGGAGAAGGACUUGACUGACUGCCUUGAAUCCUUUGGAUACUGA